AUGCACUAUACUCUCUUUUUUAUUCCCUUGUAAUCUCCAUCUUCGUCAGCUAGCUUGCUACCUGCUGUUUUGUUGCUCUUGAACCGUCUUUAAUUUUCUAGCUGGUUUAUUGUAUCCAGACCAAACCAAACCAAACCAAACCAUAGUAGUUAACUGUAAUAACUGUUUUAGAAUCCAGAGAUAGUUUCAUGAUCUUGUCUUAAUUUCUCAAGUAUACAGAUAUAUGUAAAACACUAUGGGGGGUUUGAUCAAAGGAGUGGUGUCUACAAGGCAAAGGCAACAACCCCUUGUUGUAACCCUGCGCUGCUUAUCUAUCCUUCAAUUGCUGGUGGAUUCCGUGAGUGGAAUUGGAGUCAACUGGGGAACUCAGGCAACGCAUCCUUUGCCGCCUUCCACUGUGGUUAAAAUGCUCAGGGACAACGGUUUUCAGAAGGUCAAGCUAUUUGAUGCUGAUUCAGCAACUCUAAAUGCUCUCGCUAAUUCUGGGAUUCAAGUCAUGGUGGGUAUUCCCAAUGAUAUGCUUUAUAAUCUGGCCAAUAGUGAGCAAGCUGCUGACACCUGGGUGGCCAAGAAUGUCUCUUCUCAUAUCUCUUCUGGUGGUGCAGACAUCAGGUACGUUGCAGUUGGAAAUGAGCCAUUCUUGUCAUCCUACAAUGGAAGCUUUCUGGGAACAACUCUUCCUGCUCUUCGGAAUAUCCAAUCAGCUUUAACAAAAGCCGGACUAAGCACUCGGGUGAAAGUCACCGUUCCCCUCAAUGCUGAUGUGUAUGAGAGUCCAACAAAUCUUCCAUCCGAUGGUGACUUCCGUUCAGACAUCCAUGAUCUCAUGCUAUCGAUUGUCAAGUUCUUGAGCGACAAUGGGGCUCCAUUCACUGUCAAUAUCUAUCCAUUUAUAAGCCUUUACAGUGAUCCUAAUUUCCCCCUUGGCUUUGCAUUCUUUGGCAACAAGUCAUUUCCCUUGAACGAUGGUGGGACAAUUUACGACAACGUGUUUGAUGCGAACCAUGACACCCUUAUAUGGGCUUUGCAGAAGAAUGGUUAUGGAAGCUUGCCCGUUGUCAUUGGGGAAAUUGGGUGGCCUACCGACGGAGACAAAAACGCAAACUUGAACUACGCACAGCAGUUCAACCAAGGGUUUAUGGAUAGUGUCAUUUCCAACAAGGGAACCCCACUGCGUCCUGGUUAUGUGGAUGCCUAUUUAUUUAGUCUCAUAGACGAAGAUGCCAAAAGCAUUCAGCCUGGUAAUUUUGAGCGCCACUGGGGAUUGUUUUACUUGGAUGGACAGCCUAAGUAUGCAGUUAGCCUGGUGACGGCGAAUUCAAAGGGUCUGGUACCGGCAAGGGAUGUACAUUAUUUAGCCAGACAAUGGUGUAUUAUGUCUCCAUCAGCAAGCCUUGAUGAUCCGCAGGUGGGACCGAGUGUGAGCUAUGCUUGUGCUAACGCGGACUGUACUAGUCUAGGGUAUGGAACUUCUUGUGAAAAUCUGGAUGCGCGGGGCAACAUCUCCUAUGCACUUAACAGUUACUACCAGCAGAAUAAUCAACUUGAAAGUGCUUGUAAGUUCCCAAAUAACCUUUCAGUUGUUAUAAACAAUGACCCCUCUACUGGGACCUGCAAAUUCAGGAUCAUGAUUCAAGGUCAAGCAGUCAUCUCUGGCGCGGGAGGUGGAAAGGGAUUUUCAAGGUCUAGUUUGGCAGUGUUCAUCUUGGUGUUUUUUCCCCUGUAUUUUUGUGAUUUUCUGGGUUUAAAGCUUAAGGUGUAUGGUCUAGGGUUUUGUGAUUUUUAAGGACUCACUGCGUUGGAUUGAUUACUUGUAUUUCCUUGACAUGUAAAGAGGAUAAUUCGAGCAUUUUUAAGCA